GAAUUCACCAAAAUAUGUUUAAAUGACACCCCACAUGAAUAAGAAAUGAUUAGAACAUGGAUUUCAUUCAUACUUUCAAUUCAAGUUUUCUUCUCUUUUUCACCUCCUCACAGAUACUUAAAUCAUAAGAUGGUAAGUAAUUCGAGAGCAUCUCCAUUAUUUUGUGUGUCCUACUAACGGUCAAUAGAGCUCAGAAGUAAAAGCAUCAUUGCUGCAUGGGGUGAAGGAGUUGAAGAUUGUGUGCUAUUCUGCUACCGAAAAUAAGAUGCAUGUUAACAAUUUCAAAGGAAACCCGUCCUCUUCCCUCUCCAGCAGCAACGGAAGUCCAAGUAGCUGUCCAAGCAACCGGACUUUGCGGUUCAGAUCUCCACUAUUACAACCACUACCGAAAUGGCGAUAUCAUCGUCCAAGAACCUCUGACGCUAGGUCACGAAUCCUCAGGUGUAGUGACUGAAGUUGGAUCCGCGGUUUCAGACCUCAAAGUUGGCGAUAAAGUCGCUCUUGAAGUCGGUUUACCGUGUCUGGAUUGUGAGUUGUGCAAGGAGGGACGGUACAACAUUUGCAAAACCUUGAAAUUCCGAAGUUCGGCAAAGUCAUUUCCUCAUUUUCAGGGAACUUUACAGGAGAGGAUAAAUCAUCCCGCGGCCUACUGUUAUAAGUAAGUCUUAUCCAGCAUGGUUACUAAAAAAUACUGAUCAUGUAGACUGCCACCAACUGUCUCUUUAGAACAAGGUGCCAUUCUUGAGCCCCUUGGCGUGGCAAUCCAUGGCGCAAGACGCGCAGCUCUCAAAGAAGGAAGUACAGUUCUGAUCCUUGGAGCUGGCGCCGUUGGACUUCUGUGUGCUGCAAUGAGCAAAGUAAAUGGAGCGAAGAAAGUGAUCAUCGCAGACAUCCAAGCAGAAAGAGUAGAAUUUGCCGUGCAAAACAAAUUUGCCGAUGCGUCGAUCGUGGUGCCGAUGAAAAGACCUCAAGCGAUCGAGGAAAAACUCGCUUUUGCAAAAGAGGUUGCCGAGCUCGUGAAAGCUCAAACUGAGAAGGGGGAGGUUGAUGCGGUUUUCGAAUGUACUGGGGUUGAAUCUUGUUUACAGGCUGCUAUCUAUGUAAGUAUUGUGCCCUUUACCGAGAUAUUCUACUUACACACACAGUCAACUCGACCAGGCGGACGGAUUCUGCUCAUUGGAAUGGGAAGCCCUAUCCAGACACUCCCCAUUUCAGCAGCUGCACUUCGAGAAGUAGAUCUUGUUGGUGUAUUCCGUUACGCCGAUACAUAUAAAGAGGCUAUUGAGUUAGUCUCGAGUGGGAAUUCUCUUUUUCCGGAUUUGUCCAAGUUGAUUACGCACAGAUUCAAGGGCUUUGGUGAGAUUCCUAAUGCGUUUGCCAUGGCGGGACGGGUGAAGGAUGAUGAGGGGAAUUUGGUGUUGAAGGUGCUUAUUGAUACCGAGAAGAGGGAAAGUCAUAUCUAGACUUUUUUCUUUAUUGCGCGAAUUGAUAAUGAGGGUUGGUUUCUUCUAGAUGUAGACCUAGUUGCUCUUGAUCCAAGGAAUUAUUCACC